AUGGCGUUCUUCCGGGGCCUCACCGCGGUCUCGAGACUGCGAUCCCGCAUGGCGCAGGAGGCCACCACGCUGGGCGGUGUGAGAUGGCUGCAGAUGCAGAGCGCGUCCGAUCUCGAUCUUAAGUCCCAGUUGCAGGAAUUGAUUCCAGAACAGCAGGAUCGCUUAAAGAAGCUUAAGUCAGAGCACGGAAAGGUCCAGCUUGGAAACAUAACUGUGGAUAUGGUCCUUGGUGGAAUGAGAGGGAUGAUUGGAAUGCUUUGGGAAACAUCCCUACUUGACCCAGAGGAGGGUAUUCGUUUUAGGGGCCUCUCAAUUCCAGAGUGCCAGAAAGUGCUGCCAACAGCAGUUAAGGGUGGUGAACCUUUGCCUGAGGGUCUCCUUUGGCUUCUUUUGACGGGGAAGCUGAUAAUUAAUAUGGUUGCAGCUCAUGUCUAUAAGGCAAUAGAUGCUCUCCCAGUAACUGCACAUCCUAUGACACAGUUUACCACGGGAGUAAUGGCUCUUCAGGUUGAGAGUGAAUUUCAAAAAGCUUACGACAAUGGAUUGCCAAAAUCAAAGUUUUGGGAGCCUACUUAUGAAGACUGCUUAAAUUUGAUUGCUCGGCUUCCGCCAGUGGCUUCUUAUGUUUACCAGAGAAUUUUCAAGGGUGGGAAAUCAAUAGAAGCUGAUAAUUCUCUGGAUUAUGCGGCAAAUUUCUCACACAUGCUUGGUUUUGAUGACCCCAAAAUGCUGGAGCUGAUGCGGCUCUAUGUAACAAUUCACACUGAUCAUGAAGGCGGGAAUGUCAGUGCUCAUACUGGUCAUCUGGUUGGGAGUGCUCUAUCAGAUCCUUAUCUUUCUUUUGCAGCGGCUCUGAAUGGGUUAGCUGGGCCGCUGCAUGGCCUUGCAAAUCAGGAAGUUCUUCUAUGGAUCAAAUCUGUAAUUGAGGAAACUGGGAGUGAUGUUACAACAGAUCAACUCAAAGACUAUGUCUGGAAGACACUAAAGAGUGGAAAGGUUGUUCCUGGGUUUGGUCAUGGAGUUCUGCGUAAGACAGACCCACGGUAUUCAUGUCAAAGGGAGUUUGCCCUGAAGCAUUUGCCCGAGGAUCCACUUUUCCAACUGGUGUCCAAGUUGUAUGAAGUUGUACCUCCGAUCCUCACUGAGCUGGGCAAGGUCAAGAACCCAUGGCCGAAUGUUGAUGCUCACAGUGGAGUUUUGCUGAACCACUUUGGACUAUCAGAAGCACGGUAUUACACAGUCUUGUUCGGUGUUUCGAGAAGCAUGGGGAUAGGAUCUCAGCUCAUCUGGGACCGUGCCCUUGGCCUGCCACUUGAGAGGCCGAAGAGUGUUACCAUGGAGUGGCUGGAGAGCUACUGCAAGAACAAGGCUGCUUGA